AUGCUGAACACAGCGAGACUGGCCGCCUCGCUCCCUCUUCAUUUCCUCGACUGCGAAUCAUUUUCCCACAGCUCGCCCGAGAGAGCCGGCGAGAGAGGGGCCUCCUGGCUGGCUUCGCCCGCGUCCUCCGGAGGAAAGAAAGAGGCCGACUCUUCGGCCCACGCGACGCUCUCUCAGAGAGUCUGCAGAGCGCCGCGCCGCCUUGCGGUCUGGAGCCUCACGGGACAGUUGAGUCGGGAGAGGCCUCUCGCCGUCCAAAAGAUCGGGCGCCGGAGACCGUCCCCGCGUGCACGGGCGCGCUCGCUGUCCCCGGCAGGAGCCGAGACGCCGACGCCUGCCGCGAGCGCCGGACGCUCGCGAGGCGCGGUCGGGUUUUUCGGCGGGAGAUUCACGCCGCAGGCGCUGGCCGGCGAGCCGAGGGUUUGCGCGUACGGGGCGAUGCAGGGGCGAAGUGAGAAGCGAGGUACCUCACCCUCGCGAGGAAGUGGAGAGAAAAAAGAGGGAGGCAGGAAGGCUGAGUCAGUUGAGAAGGAUCCGUGGCUGCCGUCCUCGUCGUAUUCCAGUUCCUCAUCUACCCAGUCUCCUCGAGCGCCUCCGUUUGGAGGUUUCCAGCGUCCGUUUGCCUUUUCGUCUCGCUCGGCUUCUUCGCAGUCUUCCUUCUGUCGUUCCGGCGCCUUCUCGGGACCUUCCGCUCGCGCUCCUGGUUCUUUUUCUCACUCUUCGCAUUCUUCUCAUUCGUCUCGCCCCUCCUCGAACCCGUCGAAUUCUUCGUCCGGAAAUCCUUCCUUCUCGUCUCCCCGUCUUUCCCACAGCUCCAGUUCGUUUUCCUCUUCGCGCAACGCGUCUCCCUUCUCCGGUCCGUCUUCGCGUUCGUCUCGGCCCUCACGCCCUCCUGAGACUUCCGGCAGCUCUGCGUCUCGUCCGCCUUCUUCUUUCUCCUCUUCUGAAGGCCAGUCGUCUUCGAGGCCCAGCAGGCGCGUGUCCACCUCGGGCCUUCCUUCUUACGAUCCGUCUUCUUCGAACUCGACUUUCUUUCCUUCCUCGUAUUCACAAGUUUCCCACUCUUCUGCCAGUGAAGGUCGCCACGGCUCUCGAACAGGAUUUUCUCGCUCCUCGCCGUCCGUCUCUUCUCCCUCCAGUUCGCCUCCCCCCCGGAAAGGCAGGCGUGAGGAGAAGGGGGAGUAUUCGUUCUCGGCUUUUCCGAAAAAAACAGAGAGAGGAAACAAAGAGCCGAGCUUCAAAAGAGAGACAACUCGAGGCUCUCACUCGGCGUCUUCUUCCGCUGAGGCGAGGCCGCGCAGUCCCCCCGGCGGGCAUGCCUUGCCUCGGGGGGCAGCAGACCGAAGAGACGAAGAGAAGGGGAAAAGACGAGAAGAGGAGAGAGGCAGAAAAGAAGACGAGAGAGGAAGGAAAGAAGACGAGAGAGGAAAGAAAGAAGAAGAGAGGGGAAAGAAAGAAGAAGAGAGGGGAAGGAAAGAAGACGAGAGAGGAAAGAAAGAAGAAGACAGGGGGAAGAAGGAAGAAGAGAGAGUAAAGAAAGCAGACGAGAGAGGAAGGAAAGAAGACGAGAGAGGAAAGAAAGAAGAAGAGAGGGGAAGGAAAGAAGAAGAGAGGGGAAGGAAAGAAGACGAGAGAGGAAAGAAAGAAGAAGACAGGGGGAAGCAGGAAGAAGAGAGAGUAAAGAAAGAAGACGAGAGAGGAAAGGGAGAAGACGAGAGAGGAAAAAAGGAAGAGGAGAGAGGAAGGCUGGACCGAAGAAGCAAGGAGGCAGACGAGGAAGAGAAGAGGCGACGUGGAGAGGAACGAGCGUGGAGAAGUGACAGCACAGAAGAAAGGAGAAGAGGCGAUGAAGAAGAGAAGAACGCGGAUAAAAGGGAGGAACGGCGAGCGGAAGGUAAACGAGACCAGGCUGCAUAUCGAGAGAGGGAAGGCGCGCCGCAAGACGCAGCGGCGGAGUCUAACCCAGAAAAAGAGAGAGAAGGCCGCGAGGAAGGGAAGGCCGCGGUAGUGCAGAGAAAAGACGCAGGGAACAGAGAUGAGGCUGUCGCGAAAUCUGGGGAGAAUGGCGCUGGCGGCAACGGCGCAGUCGAAGCGAAAGAGAAGAGCGACGGAGCGGAGGGAAAGAAGGAAAAGGCGAGCGAGAAAACGAGUCGAAACUCCAAAGACAGAGAGCGAGGAGGCCGCAAGAGUUGUGAAGAAAGCAAACGGGAGGAAGGAGACACGCACCACCGGCUGGCUUGGUCUUCAAUCAUCAGAACGAAGGAGCCCAGAGCACUCUCAGUCAAUCAGUGGAUCGGCGCGCGCCUUGGGCACAACUUUCAUCCAGGAAAGAUCAUCAGCAUCCGCUCUCUCCACUCGCCAGGUUCUUCUCUGCAAUUUCCCACGUCCCCCGCGCGUCGCCAGCGCCCACAGCGCGGCGGACGAACCUGUCCUUCCUGCUCCAAAUAUGUCCCGGGAGACUCUGCGUCUCCAAUGUGUCGGCGCUGUGGGGCUGCAGGCUUGGGCGCCGGUCCUUCGAGUAGCGGCCGGCGGUCGGAGACUGCUGAGGUCGCGCGCGGGGGGCGAGGGAAGUCUGCGCGGGCGGACACGAGCCCAACUAGCUGCGGCUCCAUGACCGCGGUCGGAGGGCAGGACGGGACACCGGAGGGGGCGCCGGGCCCCGGCGAGGGCGAGCGGGUAGGGAAAGGCAAGCACGCGAGAGAGGAGGACCAGCAUGUCUGUAUGUCGCGUGCCGUCGAAAUCGAGAAACCCCACCAUUAUGAAUAUUACAUUCACUAUCGCCACACAAACAGGCGCCUGGAUACCUGGCUGAAAUUCGAUGACUUGCGGCCAAUCACGCAGGAGGGGCGUGUCUUGGAGUAUCCGGUGCUGGAGAGCAGACGGAGGAAGCGAAAGCGGGGAGACAGAGGAGACAGAUGGGCAGAAGAGGGCGAGGACGCGGACGACGAGACAGAGACGAAGCGAAGGAGAGAGGACAAGGAAGGAGUGUCGGUCAGCGAUUCAGACGAAGAUGAGAGUUGGGAGCCGGAGGCUGGAGCCGAAGGUGAAGACAGUGACUGGGAGAUGCUCAACAAACUCGCAAUGUUUGACCCAAGUGUACAGUUUUCAGACCACGACGAGGAAGCAGCGAAGGAGCACGAAGGCAUGGACCUGGCGACGCUCCAGGCGCACGAAGAAGCGACGAAAAUCAAGACGAUUCGGCAGAUCCAGUUUGGGCCGUUUCGUCUCCACACGUGGUAUUUCUCGCCGUACCCCGCCCACGUUCAGGACGCCGAAGUCCUGCACGUCUGCGAAUUCUGCCUCUCUUUCUUCCGACACGCCAGCGAGCUCGCCACCCACAACCGAAGAUGCAUCCUUCGACACCCUCCCGGCGACGAGAUCUACCGAGACGGAAGGCUCUCCGUCUUUGAGGUAGAUGGCAGCGUUGCUCGCGUGUACAGCGAGAACCUUUGCUUCCUCGCAAAGCUCUUUCUUGACCACAAGACGCUCCAGUACGACGUCGAACCGUUCCUCUUCUACGUCCUCACUGAGGUCGACCACACUGGAUGCCAUUUAAUUGGCUACUUCUCCAAGGAAAAAAUCUCCCUGCAAGCCUACAAUCUCGCGUGCAUUUUGACGCUGCCCCAGCACCAGCGGAAGGGUUACGGUCGCUUCCUCAUUUCCUUCUCGUAUCUCCUCUCGCUGCGAGAGAAGAAAAAGGGCGGUCCAGAACGCCCCUUAAGUGAUCUCGGCCGCCUCAGCUACGUCGGUUGGUGGACCUGGUGUCUCCUCACGCAUUUGGAGAGCGACGAGCAGAAGCGGAAAAGGAAAAUUUCCAUCGAGGAUCUCGUUCGGAACACAGCAGUCCGCGAGGAAGACAUCCAACGGACUCUCGAGGAAAUCGGCGUCCUCCGAUAUGUUCAAGGCCACCACCUUCUUCUCCUUCACCCGGACCUGGUGAAACAUCGGCUGAAAGAGGCGGGGUCGGGAGGCGUCUUGGUCCACGGCGAGAACCUGCGAUUCGUUUCUUACCAUCGAACGCCGCCGGCGCCCCGUGAGGCGUUGCCUGUUCGGAGAGCAGAAGAAGACUAA